UUUCAAUUUUUUAUUUAAAUAUUUGGUGUUAAGAUAUUGUGUUAUCAUGUCUAGAUGGUGGAUACUGAUAUCAGUGGUUGUUUUUAUUUUUUUAUGGUCUUUAAUUGAUUUUUCAUCAAAUUAUUAUGAAAAGGAAAAGCUCUGGUUGUUAGAUGUAUCAAUUUAUCCAGUUCCUUUUAGUCUUAUUGAAAGAAUUGUUUCAGAGCUAGAUCCUUUGUUAAAGAACCUAACAUUUGAGACAGAUUAUUUUAAAUAUUAUAGACUUAAUCUUUUUGCAGCACGCUGCCCAUUCUGGGGACUAGAGAAUGGAUUAUGUGGGAAUAAGGCAUGUAUGGUAGAUGUACUGGAAGAUCCGCUACUUUCGGAGGCAUGGAAGCCAUCAAUAUUGGGUAAAAUCCAAGGACUUACAGUAGAACAGCCAUUUCUCCCCAAAAAAACAUCCAAGUUGCCAUUUGAAGGAGCACUUGGGACAGAGACAUCAGAAAGAUGUAUAUAUGAGGAGUCGUAUAAUUCAGAUAGAGACUAUUGUAUUCCUGAGGAUGAAUCAGAAGAGAAUAUUGUAUAUGUGUCUUUGGUGGAUAAUCCAGAAAAAUAUACAGGAUAUUCAGGAGAAAGUGCGCAUCAAGUAUGGAGAGCUAUAUAUAGGGAGAAUUGUUUUGAAGUUCCUCAUAAUUUUGUUGAUCCAAUGAUUAAAAAUAAAUCAUUAUUUUCUAAUAAAUUGGAAGAAAUUAUGGUACACAGAAAUAAUUGGAAUUCUAAAGAUAAUGAAGGGAAGAGACGAGGUGCAAUGGCUCAGGAACCAGUUUGUCUUGAAAAAAGAUUGUUUUAUCGAAUUAUAUCAGGAAUGCAUGCAAGUAUAUCAACACACUUGUGUAAAGAAUAUCUUAAUAAAACAACGGGUUUAUGGGAACCAAAUUUCCAGUGUUUUAUGGAACGAGUUGGAAAUUAUUCUGAUAGAAUUGAAAAUAUAUACUUUAACUAUGUUUUAAUUUUGAGGGCAUUAGCAAAAUUGGAUAAAUAUUUACAAAAUUAUACAUUUUGUGAAGGAGAUAACGAAAGUAAUACAAUGACAAAGUAUAAAGUUAAUAAAUUGAUUUCAAAAAUAUCAUUUAUUCCUAAAUUGUUUGAUGAGAAGCUUAUGUUUGAUACAUCACAUAAUAGUUUUGCUAUUCAUUUAAAGGACGAAUUUCGAAUGAGGUUUAGGAAUGUUAGUAAACUUAUGGAUUGUGUUAGUUGCGACAAAUGUCGUUUAUGGGGAAAAAUUCAAAUUGCAGGAUUUGGCACUGCAUUAAAAAUUCUUUUUGAAUUUGACGAUUUUAAAGAUCAAAAUGAAUUUUCAUUACGAAGAACAGAACUUGUUGCACUCAUUAAUACAUUUGAUCGCAUAUCAUCUUCUAUUCAUUUUAUACAGGAAUUUUCAACAAUACUUUCCAAUAUAGAUAAUAAUUUUUACAAGCAUAAUAAUUCUCAUGCAUUACAUUUUUUUUCAAAAAUUAAAAAAACAAUCUUACACAAAUCUUCUUUUAACCUCAAAUGCAUUAUAAAAUCAUUUAGUGUCGAAUACAAUAAUAUUAAAGAUGUGUUUAUAUAUAUUAUUAAUUCAUGGGUUAGGAUUUUCAAAACUAUUUAUAUAUAUAUAAAGAGGAAAAAUAGAGUCAUCUUUUUUAAAUAAAUAUUGUAAAAAUGUAAAAAUCAUAGUUAUUAUAGAAGAAAU